AUGGGCGGUGUCAUUGACCCCGAGACGCUUUAUACGAAGCAGAACUGCAUUGGCGGUGGCAGUUUUGGAAAAGUCUACAAAGGUGUAGACAAACGCACCGGACAAGCUGUGGCUAUCAAAGUAAUUGACGUCGAAAAUGCCGAAGAUGAGGUCGAAGAUAUCAUCCAGGAAAUAUCCAUUCUCUCCGAACUCCACUCGCCAUAUGUCACACAAUACCAUGGAUCAUAUCUGAAGGGUUCUGAUCUAUGGAUCGUCAUGGAGUUCUGCUCUGGGGGAAGUUGUGGGGACCUGAUGAAGCCAGGAUUGAUCGGGGAGGAUUAUAUUUCGAUCAUUAUUCGAGAAUUGCUCCUUGGAUUGGAUUAUCUGCAUGGAGAUAAGAAACUUCAUCGAGAUAUCAAGGCUGCGAAUGUGUUGCUGGGAGCCAAUGGGCAAGUCAAGCUCGCCGACUUUGGUGUUUCUGGUCAACUUUCUGCCACAAUGACGAAGAAGAAUACUUUCGUUGGCACGCCCUUCUGGAUGGCCCCCGAGGUGAUCAAGCAGUCUGGGUAUGACCACAAGGCGGAUAUCUGGUCCUUGGGGAUCACCGCACUCGAAUUGGCCAACGGCGAACCCCCUUACUCUGAUAUUCAUCCGAUGAAGGUGCUGUUCUUAAUUCCCAAAAAUCCACCGCCAGAAUUGGAAGGCAACUUUUCGAAAGCAUUCAAGGAAUUUGUCGAGCUGUGUCUGCAAAAGGAUCCGAGAAAACGACCGUCUGCAAGAGAGCUGUUGAAGCAUCCUUUCGUGCGAAGAGCGAAGAAGACAUCAUACCUCACGGAACUGAUUGAGAGAUAUGAACGAUGGGCAGUCCAUCACAAGGGCGAUGAUGACGACUCAGAUGAUGGACGAGAUGAGCUCCCAAGAACUGCACCAGCCAACGAAGACCUAUGGGACUUUGGAACGGUACGACCUGUUGGAAGCAGAACAACGGGAAGAGCAGGGUUAAAUGCGAUGGGCGAGUCUGCAACAAAUGCACGAUCAUCAAGAUCCUCGGAGAGCGAAGACGACUAUGCUGAACGACCUCGAAGUUCAUCGCCGACGAAGAUGAAGGAUUCAGGAUAUGUCUCCAGCGCUGAUACUGUCAAGGCAAUGAAUUCUCCCAUUUCUGAUCAACCGCGCCAAGCAUCACCACAACGACGACCUGUUCCCAGUAUGCAACCUACGUCUCCUGCCAAAAUCCCCCUUCCGCCCUCACCAGAAAAGCAGAAAAAUGCGCUGCCACAGACCCCUCGAGCAAGCCAUCAGCAAUUCUCAUCUCAACAGUCGACGGGUUCUCCAGACUAUGACCAAUCAUUACAAGAACAACUUCAGAGAGAUGUGGGGUUUCUUACCAUAUCACCUCCUCCGCAAUUAAUGAAAUCCCAGCUACCUCAGAUACCUCUUCAGCCUCACAACACCCACGCCGCAUCACAACCUCCUCGACCACCGACCCAGCAACCACUACCAAAGCUUGGACCGAUCAAGUUACCUGAAAUACCUCCAUUCCGAGGCCAAAGUCAACCACUACAAAAACUUACCAACCAACCUAUCACCACCGCACCCAAGCAACACCCUCUUCCCCAACAACCCUUGACUUCCCAGAAUAUCAAUCCGCGCCAGCUAGGCCAACAGCCGCUGCCAGCUUUACCAUCAAAGCUGCGUGAUAACACUCCAUCCCGAGAGAGCCUCUCCUCUGAGUCUUCGCGUACUCCAACUUCGAUGCCUACCCCAGCACCUGCCAGCCCUAAUGGUGAACUUGAUGCUCUCAAUGAUGUGAUAUUCCCCGCUCUCGAAGAGGCACUCAAGCGACGGCAAUAUCAUCUCCAGCAAGCCUUCCGAGCUACUGGCACUACACCGAAACAACAACGCGCAGAAGCAGCACACGAAAAAUUAAGGAAAUUGGUGUACAAACUGGCCUAUAUUUGCAGAGAAAUCGACCAUUGGGACAAGCAAGAGCCAGUAGGCAUGGGUAAGGAUGUCGAUGUCUUUCUUGAGGGCUUAUUGGAGGAGAUUCUCGUUCGGGUGGAACCAGCCGAAGAUGACGAGGCUGAUGAGAAAUGA